GAAACAAAGCCUUGUGAAGUUUUUGUCACAAUGGGAAAGGAGAUAUCUUUGGAGAAAUAACAUUCCAGCACUGUUCCCGGGUCCUCCUGGGUUUUUCUUCUUGGUUCUUUUGCUGUGGGAUGGAUUACAGGUUGAACUGAGUUCUGUCCUGUACUGGUGGACCAGCUAAAACAGACCCUGAAAGCAAACAGACGGGGAACUGCAGGUUGGCGUAUUCAAGAACACUGAACCAAGGGGCUUUCCAGAAAUCUUGGAGCUCCUGCUGUUCUAGAUUUUCAUUUGAUUCUUCUUCACAGGUAGGGACGCAGCACAGGUUGAACCAUGGCUUUGAUGUUGGUGAAGUUCGAUCUGAAGAAGCGAGUAAAGCUCGCUCAGACUGUCUGGUUCAUGUACUGGUUUGCUGUAAUGGCUGGCGUGCUUGUCUUCAGCAUGGGCCUUUUCUUUAAGAUUGAGCUGCGGAAACGAUCAGAACUCAUGGACAACAACGAGAGUCACUUCUUACCCAACCUGCUUAUAUUCAUGGGUCUAAUAGCCUGCGGCAUCAACGCCUUUGGAGGCAAAAUCUGUUAUGACUCAUUGGACCCUUCCAAGUUUUCCAAGUGGAAGUCCAUAUUGAAGAACUUCUUGGUAGUCUGCGUAGGGUUCAAUGCCCUGUUGUUUGUGACGGCCCUGCUGUGUUUCGUGAUGAGGAUCCCUUUUCAGUUCACCCUGGCUGAAGGACUGAGGAACGGCAUGAAGUUCUACAAGGAUACAGACACACCGGGUCGCUGCUACAUGAAGAGGACUCUGGACCAGAUGCAGAUGGAGUUUCGUUGCUGUGGGAAUGACAACUACAGAGAUUGGUUUGAGAUUCAGUGGGUUAGCAACCGCUACCUGGACUUCAGCGCAAAGGAAGUAAAAGACCGCAUUGGGAGCAACGUGGACGGACAGUACCUGAUGGAUGGAGUCCCAUUCAGCUGCUGUAACCCCAGCUCCCCAAGACCCUGCAUCCAGUUUCAGAUGACCAACAACACUGCCCACUACAGCUACGACCACUACACAGAGGAGCUCAACGUUUGGAGCCGUGGCUGCAGUGAAGCUCUGCUGUCCUACUAUGGAGGCAUGAUGAACACCAUCGGAGCGCUGGUGCUUCUGGUCACUUUGCUGGAGAUCGGUGUGACCAUCGGCCUGCAGUACGUGGACUCCUCCCUGUCCACCCUGGCUAACCCCGAGGACCCUGAGAGUGAGAGCGAGGGCUGGAUCCUGGAGAAGACGGUGAAGGAGACGUUCACUGACAUCAUGGCCAAAAUGAAGGCCAUGGGCAAAGGCAGCAAGGUGGAGGAGGGGGGUGAGGCGGCGGUUGCAACAGUGAGCUGAGCUAACCCUCCAUCCUGCAAAAAAAAAAACUGACAUCACUCCCACGUGAAGAGGAGAGGACGGGGACGUGUGAGAAUGCUACGUUUUUCUACCAACGUUUGUUAUGUAGACACCACACACAUAUUCUGCUAUGAAGCCCUUUUUAAACGGACUCCUUCUUACAAACUGACUCCUUGCAUUGAUAAUUAUAAACUGUGUAUUCAUACAUAGAGAGAGAUUAUAGGAUGAGUUAUGUCAUGGUUUUUUCUUUUGGUUUUUCCCAACCAAACAAAUCCAUCUCACACUUUUAAAGAGAUUUUGUUUCCAUCAAUUUGGGUUUGGACAUUUCCUGAUACCAAAAAAGACGAGUUGAAUGUUAUAUUUAUUGAUAAAAGUUAUGAACGCCAGAGGUGCAUAUGAAAGACAGCCCAGGAAAAAUUGUGUUUUAUUUUUGGUAAAUCAUUUGGCUUUAGCUGGUUCUGUAUGAAGUCCAAACCAACCCAAAACUUUACCCGCCUGAAUCCAGCUUUUUUUUUCCAUACUCCUGUCCAACUUUGCCCACAGUGAUGGCUGGAUAAUCUCCUGAGAUGGAGUAAAAAUACAAAUUGAAUAAGUCAUUAUGGUUUAUGAAUGAGUGGUGAAAAAGUCAGGCUUUUUAAACUGGACGUGAAACAAGGAGGGCAAACUCCAAACCUGCGAUGACGACAGAAACUGGCAGCUAAAUCUCAGCUCCUGAUCCCUGUAUAUGCCAGAUUAUAUUGAAAGUUUCCCUUUUGCAUUCAGUAUCUGUAUAUUGACACACAUGUAUGUAUAUUCUAACACACGGGUUGCUGUCUUUGUACAUAGUGUAGAAACGAUGAAAAAUAUUUUUUAAAAGAAUGUAAUUAAGCUAAAUCUUUUA